UAAAAUACAAGUGAAUUGCUGGGCAUUGUGAUAGAGAGAAGAAAAAGCGACGGGUUAGGCUAUCAGAGAUCGAACAUGGCAGAGAUUGUAAACCUAGGAGGCCCGCCACUCCCAAGUACGAGGAAAUGGUCAUGCCGUUCCCACUCGCAAUUGACGAAGCAUGACUCCAUCAACCAAAAUUGGACUCGUUUGCAGCACAAGCUCAAGUGUAACGCUAGAUUCCUUUGCCUUUUCUCAGAUAACAGAAAAGAGGAACGAGCUAGAAAAGCAUUAGAAGGUGCACUGAGUGGGAAAAAAAAUGAAUUUGAGAAGUGGGAUAAGGAAAUUAAAAGAAGAGAAAAGCUGGGAGGUGGAGGUGACACUGGUGGAGGAGGUUGGUCUGGUUGGGGUCGAUGGUUUGGCUGGUCUAAUGAUGAUAACUUUUGGCAAGAAGCAAAACAAGCUAGUCUUACUGUACUUGGUAUCAUACUAAUAUAUCUAAUAGUUGCAAAAGGUGAUUUGAUCCUUGCUGUCAUCUUCAAUCCAUUGCUCUAUGCACUUCGGGUAGUAAGAAAUGGAUUUGGGUUCAUAACAUCUAAAGUCUUGAAAAACACUUCUACCAACAAUCAGCCUGAUUUUGAUGGACUGUCGAAGAAGAAAGUUUAUCAGCAUGCUUCUGCCAAACAGAAUGUUGUAAGAAAAUGGGGCAGUGACUAGAGAAUAACUCGUUCAUUGAAGGUUUGGCAUUACCCCUCUAAUGCAGGAUGUUAUUUAUAUUAACCCUCUCAGCUCAUUCUGCAUAAUCUAUUGCACCAUGCAAAUCUUAGUGCGGCAAUUAUUGUUGUAACUAAAAGUUUGUUUUCCUUCACACCUGAACAGCUGUUGAUUUUUGUUUCCUCUUUUGUCAUCCUGAGAGUUUAGUUAGGGUUAAAAAAUGCUCCUUUACAAGCAUGCAAUUGAUAAGGAAAAUUUGUUAAUGUGGAAGUUGAGUUGAGAGCACUGGGUUAUCACUUUCAAUAGGGUAACUUUCAAAUUUUAUCAUCAACUGCAUGUCGAUUGGUUUCCUGUGGUUGUUUUAUCGAAUUUUAUACAAAAUCAUCAUGAAUGUAUAAGAUCAAGUAAGAAAACAGAUUUCUCACCGCUGUGACCACUAGUGUAGCGUACAAACACCUGAAAAAUGGCCCAAAAAAGAUGCCUAGUGCGUCUUCAGUUCUGUGUAAACCAGCUAGGUGCGCUUUUAUUUAUUUAUUUGAUAUAUGGUACUUAAUUUUUCCAAAUACAAUUAUACAUGGAAUGACCUGUUAUUGGAUUAUUUGCUCAUUUCAUUUUCUUCUGAGCUGUGUCUCAUAAUGUAAACAUUUAAGACCACCUUUUGCCUUUAUAUUAUGGCUGUCACUGUCAGCAACUGGACUUCACAGGGAACAGCAAUAUGCCAAAUUAGGAAUGCGCACGAAUAUACCAACAAGUUGAGCUGGCUUGAAAGUUGAUAUUUGAAUGUUUUGGGAUAUCUCAGUGACGUGGGCAUUCGUAUUUUUUUAGCUGUUGUAUUGAAGGCCCAUAAAUUAAUCUUUUUGUUUGUUGUUGCCAUGAAGCUCUAACAUGCUACUUUUAUAAUACCCCUCUAACAUGCUACUUUUGGAUUACAUAAUCAUAGAUGCUCUAUUAUCAUUUGUGAAUUUUUUCAAUAAUUUAAGUUAGUCAUAGAUAAGAAUUACAUGAAUAAUUUUAUAUUUUAUAACUCCCUUUAAGACUGUAGGUGCUAGAAUUGUUUGUCUGCAUUACUGUAUCUAUGUUUCCUUCCAUAUAUCUAAGCAUGUAAAUUUGCUGGCU